UAUGCGGUGAUAACUAUCAACAAUCCGACUUUCUGGAUCAGACUGUGCUCUGACUUUGACUUGGGAUUUGCUGAAGCAUACAUGUAUCAAGAAGUGGACUGUGACAAUCUGACUGCCAUAUUCGAUCUCUAUAUCAACAACCCCAACACCCUCAACGGCGGCAGUUUUCUCCUCCAGUUCCUCCCCAGAUUCGCUCGACUGCUCAAGCCAAAGAAUGAUCUGAUCAACUCCCGGGCCAACAUUGCCUCCCAUUAUGACAGCUCCAAUGACCUUUUCACUGCAUUUCUUUCGCCGGAUAUGAACUAUUCCUGUGCACAUUGGUCUGGCGAUCCGUCGGAAUCUCUCGAGGCAGCACAACUGCGAAAGGUGCAUUCAAUCCUACACAAAGCCAAAGUGACUGCAACAGACCAUGUUCUCGAUAUCGGAUGUGGCUGGGGAGGACUGGCUAUUGAAGCUGCGAGGAGGACUGGCUGUAGAGUGACCGGAUUGACACUUUCAGCAGAGCAGAAGACACUGGCAGAUGAAAAGAUUAAGACAGCCGGUCUUGAAGAUCGAAUCAGUAUCCUCCUGUGCGAUUACAGAAAUGCCCCUCGACCAGAGAAUGGGUACGACAAGAUCAUCUCGGUCGGAAUGUUUGAACAUGUUGGAUUGGAAUUUAUGGAUCAGUAUUUCGAGACGAUCUCUGGGUUGUUAAAGAACGAGCAGGGCAUCGUAGUGAUUGAUGGCAUCACCAAGACCAAUCCGUUCUAUGAAAAGAACCCUGCAAUAGGCGAUUUCAUCGACCGCUACGUCUUUCCUGGGGGAUAUCUCCCUACGGCAAAUAUCCUCUUUGAAUCUCUCCAUCGGGGGUCUAAAGGAAAGCUUGAAGUGACAAUGACUCAGAAUACAGGCCCUCACUAUGGAAAGACUCUACUGGCCUGGAAGGAAAAUUUCUUGGCCAACUGGGGCGACAUUCAAGCAGACUUUUCUUUGAAGCAUCCCGACGCAACAAAGGUGGAUAUUGAAGCCUAUCGUCGCAAGUGGCUGUACUACAUGAACUACUGUGAAGCGGGAUUUCGACGACGCAUCCUGGGCAAUUACAUGAUCACCGCUGUUCGGGCACCGGAAGCAGUCAUUCCAUACAAAACUCAUGUAUCAGACAUUUGAUAUAUAAAUACUAGAAGACAUCAAUAUUCACAUCUCAUCGCUUAAGCAAAGUGCUUCUGGAGCAGGCUUUCGGUAAACCUCCAGAUCAGCGACGAGUCCUGCACAUGCCAUGCAGCGCCGGUGUAGAACG